CAUCUCUGGAUUGACCACUGAAACAGCUGAUUGACGCCAACAAACAACGCGAAAUUCUCAUUAAAAUGCAUUUAAAUUUAUAAAUUAAAUAGACUAAUCAAAAAUAAGUUCAUGCGCCGCUUGUUUACAUCGUUCAACGCCCAAAUAAUGUCGAAAAACAAAGGAAAAUCAAAGGCCACUGCUGAAAGUGCCAAAACCGAUGCAAAAUCCACGCCGGCUAAAGAAAUCAGUCCGAUUUCCGUGGACAAAAGCGGGAAUAUAUGCAUUCAAAUCCUGGCAAAGCCGGGAGCAAAGCAGAAUGGAAUCACUGGGAUUGGGAUGGAGGGCGUGGGCGUCCAAAUAGCAGCUCCUCCAAGCGAGGGAGAAGCCAACGCGGAACUGGUAAAGUUCCUCUCCAAAGUUCUUGGUCUCCGAAAGAGCGAUGUAUCUCUGGACAAGGGAUCUCGAUCCCGCAACAAGAUAAUACUGAUCAGCAAGGGAGUGUCCACAGUGGAAGCCAUUGAGCAGCUGCUUCGAAAAGAAUCCGAAUCAUGAAGGUCACAAUUCUCCCAAUAAAUACCCAUUCACAAUUUGAUUUAACUCGACUGUUUUUUUUUUACUAAGUAUAAGCGGAAAUAAAUUAUUAUAUCUUGUAUAUAAUCAUGAUAAUAAUUGUAAAGCCAUAUUCAUGGACCACCAGUAAGUCGGUGGUAAAAUUUUUAAUAUAGGCCGCUUUGCUAAUCAUCUGAUUUAUAAACCCCUUUAUUGUUUUCCCCCAAUAAAUAUCCACUCAGAAUUUGAUUUUUAAAA